GAUCAACGAGGUCGCACCUAAUGCCAAAUACAAAUUGAUGCCAACUAGCAAUGGAUCUCAACGGCUACGCUACAAGCAGUGAGCCUAAGUUGGAGUAGAUUUCGCGGGGUAUUCUGGGCUGAGGUAUUCCUCAUGGGGCGUUACAACUGACUGCACAUGUCACGUCCCUCAACAUGUCCGUCGACGCGCAAAGUCUCGAAUGGGAUAGAUCACCAGUGUCACAUCGCUUCGAUGCUGAUUAUGCCAUCUUCACGCUUCGGAACUCGCCUCCACGCCCGAUGUUAUCGUGGAUGUGCUCCUUGAGCUGCUCGCACCCGGCCCUCAUGUCAAUGCAUGUCAAUGCGAUAGGAAUAAACAUUGACAUACCACACGGGAAGAGCUAUACGCUGUGAUCCCAUUAGAAAUAUUCAAGGCAAUGAUCUCCAAGCCCUUUCAUGUAAAUAUGCUCGAAUUCCCCCCCCGGAUGCCUUUACUCUAUAGUCGUCGAAAUGCUUGGCCCCGGGCCCUUGGUCGUUCCCCACAAGACUCCAGGCGAGUCGGAUGGUCGCGGGAUCCAGCUCUACAUCAUAUCCAUUAUUACAAUCAUCCUUGCCAGUAUAACUGUCGGCGCACGUAUUAGUACCAGACUUAUCAGAGGUGCGGCGUUCCAACUUUGGUGGGAUGAUUACAGUAUCCUCUUCGGACUGAUAUUCUCUUUUAUCUUGGCCAUUACAGAAAUCGAGGCGGUCGUUAAUGGCUAUGGCGAGCAUGCGGGAGACCUUGGUCCGGACCAGGCAGCCGUCGCUCUGAAAUGGUUUUACCUUGCUCAGAUCUUUUACAAACUUGUCGUCACUUUCAACAAGCUCUCUCUUUUGCUGUUCUACUUGCGCAUAUUUCCUUCUAAGACCUUUCGAGCCCUCACCUGGAUCGGACUGGCCGUCGUUGGCGCAACCGGGAUCACCUUUAUCGCUGGGACAAUAUGGCAAUGUCACCCACUACCAUAUUUUUGGGACAAGAGGAUCAAAGGGGGCCACUGUAUACGCAGUGCUCCUUGGUGGCAAUCCUACUCUGCGAUUCAAAUUGCAACAGACGUGUUUAUUCUUGUCGUUCCGAUCCCUAGCCUUGCGUCGUUGCCACUAAAAUUAAGGCAUAAGCUGGGCCUAAUCGGUGUUUUUGCUUUGGGCGGAUUCGUGUGCAUUUCCACCAUCGUCAGACUGACUACGCUUGCAUCUUCAGCUGGCAAGGAUCCAACUUAUGAUCCUAUCCCAGCGACAAAUUGGUCUGUAAUCGAAGCAAAUAUAGGCCUAAUAUGCGCUUGCCUUCCAUCCCUAAAGCCUUUUCUCGACAAAAUCGUCCGCACUUGUCUAGGCCAGCCCCCGCGGAACAACACUCCCAACCCAUACUCUCGCUCCAACUUAUCAACCGCUCGCGGCUACGCCCUUGGUUCUAUUUCGCCUACCCAAGGCCUCGCCCAUCGCUGGGAUUGGGGCGAAAGGGGCGACGGUGUAGCGAGAAAAGAGGGGGCCACUGAUAGCCAAGUCAGUAUAAUGAUGCGUGGGCAUAUCGAGUCGUUGUGGGGGAUCCAGAAGCAAAUCGAUGUCGUUAUUCAUCGUUCGGAGGGCGUUGUUGUGGGUCAUGAGAGGAGCUAUUCGAGCUUUCAGUAAAAAUUCAGGGUGGCAUUAAUCCAGACAAGACGAAAGCGGAGUUCAUGACAUUAUACCUAUUUGCUAAAUUACGCUUUGGCUUGGCCCUUAGAUGCCGUGUUUGUACCGGUGAUUCGUGGACCGUGGCCCAUACUUGGGGCAUUGCAUGAAUGAAAUAACAUGAAUGGAUGGGCUGACUACGGUUUACAUGGUCAUGAUUUGAGGCUGGCCUUACUGGGAAGGUUGGGAGUACUAUUUCUGUCACAUAUGCUGUAACCGGAGUCUUUGAGGACCGGGAGUGGUGAGAGGGUACAAAGCAGAACGCUGGAUUAUAGUAUCAUAAGCACUUAUUGGUUUAUACUGUGCAGCAAUGGUCAUUGUCUUUUGGGAGGUGAACCUUGCACUUGAUAAUUUUCAAGUAGCUAGCAUACUAAAUGAUGUCAAAUACCGCAAUACCAUGAAUAGCUUCGGCAUACGCUCGUGCUGCUGAAGGAUCCGGAAAGAG